UAGCCAACAAAUUGUCAGCCAAGCUAACUGAUUUGAAAAAGUCAUUACUUUAUUUACAUUGCUGAACAUGUUCUUAACAUUUGUCAUAAUUACUUAAAGCAAAGAAAUUGUAUCCGCUCUCGUCGGACUUCGGCUGCAUAUUUUCUGCCAUUUUCUUGAAAUCUGAAAAUGUUGUGAAGCCACGCCCAUUUUCUGAAGAAUUGUAUUAUCGGCCCUAAAAGCACAGAGUGUCCAGAGCUGGUAUACUUCGUAUUUUGGCGAAUUUAGUACGACAUCCUAGAACUCUUGGCAUACUAACUCUAUCCAUACUAUAACCAAUACGCAUACUACAUACUCAAUUUACAUCACAAAUAGUACGGUUAGUGCAGUUAGUAUGAAUAUUCGAAACACAGCUCUAGAGUGUUUGGUGUCCACAGAAUUUGCUGUUCUAAAAUGAUACGGACAGCAUUUGUAGUCUUUUCUGGGUGAUGGUGAAUGGUUUACCUGAAAACAAGAGUAGAAUAGUUUUACAUACCUGGCUAGUAACAUGAAGUGGACUAUGGCAAACUGUGAUUAUGUGUGUUUGUGCAUGUGCUUGAGUGUGUGUGCACCCUUCUGUGUCUGUCUGAAUCAUGCAGCAGGAGUAAUAUUAGAACUGAGCAUGUGCAGGAGAUGUCUACCCCUCGCAAAACCUCUAAAUCCCUCUAAACAUAUACAUCUCUCUCUCUCUCUUUAUCUCUCUCUCUUUAUCUCUCUCUCUCUCUUAUUGGGCAGGGCUGUAAGUACACUGGGCUAGUGAGACAGAGAGAGCAGGGGAGAGAGAAAAGGGAAUGGAGAGAGAGUGUAACUGGAAAGGAGAAAGAGAGGGAGAGUGGAAAGAGAGCCCGGAGGGUGCUUGACCGGAAGGAGAUUGAGUGGCAGUAAAGAAGAGAGAUAGAGAAAGGGUGGUGCCUCAGGGAAUAAGAAACAGGGUGAGGCAGCAGAGUGAGAGGAGAGAGCAGUGUGCGUGUGACUGGGGGGAUCCAGACAUGGGACUAGCGCUGCAAUGACAACCAUGCUUAGCCCUAAAAACAGACAGACACGCAGGGCCCGCUCGAAGAGCAUGGUGCUGGGCCGCUGCAGUUCUCCUCUAGGCCAGGAGAUGACGUUGAAGGCCGGCUGGCUGAAGAGACAGAGGAGCAUCAUGAGGAACUGGCAGCUGCGGUGGUUCGUUCUCCACACUGAAGCACUGUACUUCUAUAAGGACCAGGAUGAGACUAAACCUCAGGGAUGCAUCAUUCUCCAGGGAAGUCAGGUCAGUGAGCUGUCGGCCAAUCAGGAUGAAGCUGGUCGCUACCUGUUUGAGAUUGGUCCAGGAGGCAGUGGAGAGAGGGAUCGUUCAGGUCUGAGCGAGUCUUUCCUGUUGAUGGCUAAGUCUCAGAGUGACAUGGAGGAAUGGGUCAGAGCCAUACGAAGAGCUAUAUGGGCCCCGCUAGGAGGAGGUAACACACACACACACACACACACAAGCACACACAUGCCUCUAGGUAUUUUUGGGCAGCAUUUAGAGGAGACAAUGCAGUGUGAGAGUGGGUGUGGCAGCAGCAGCAAGCCUCUGGUGCCUCUGCUGGUGCAGCAGUGUGUGUGUUUUAUACACCAGCACGGCCUAACGGAGGAGGGGCUGUUCAGAAUGCCUGGACAGACCAAUCACGUACGAGAGCUGCAAGAUGCCUUUAACUGCGGGGAGAAACCACUGUUUGGCAGUAACACUGAUGUCCACACGGUGGCGUCCCUGCUGAAGCUGUACCUCAGAGAGCUGCCAGAGCCUGUGGUGCCUUUCAACAAAUACACAGAGUUCCUCUCCACUGCUCAGCUCCUGGCCAAGGACCAGGAGGAGGGGAUCCUUGAGCUGGGCAGGCAGUUGAAGAGUCUUCCUCAGGUCAACUACAACCUCCUCAGAUACGUCUGCAGAUUCCUAGAUGAGGUCCAGUCCCACUCAAGUCAGAACAAGAUGAGUGUUCAGAACCUGGCCACCGUGUUCGGGCCCAACAUCUUCCGACCCAAGAUGGAAGACCCACAGAUCAUGAUGGAGGGUAGUUCCCAGGUGCAGCACCUGAUGACUGUACUGAUCAGUGAACACUCUCGGCUGUACCAGGGGCAGGCAGAGACUCCCAGGGAGGACCAAUCUGCCCCUUCUCCAACUCCCUAUCCCCGGGUCCCCCCGAUUCAGCGCUGCAGGGUGGAAUGGCUCUCACAGGAGGACAUCCUGCCCCCCAACCCCGCCAAGGACUAUCCAUCCCUGGAACAGACCCCUAACACCCCAAGUCAGGAACCACUUCAACCCCUCCUGACCUCCGCAGUGUCCUCUCUUGACACUGACCGCCCUGGAUCAACCCCCAAGGAAAGAACCGAGGGAGAUUCUGAGGGGAUGAAUGGUGGAAGAACAGAAGAAAAGACGGAGAGAAAGAGUGAAGGAAAGAGCGAAAUAAAACUCUUGGGUGGUAGUGGCGCAGACCUUGGCCCCAGUAAACAGUCCAAAAGCCAGUCUUCAUGGAGGUCCUCUUUGAAGGGUAGGUCCGGGUCAGGGGGGGUAAGGGGGAAGUUGGGGGGGUCAGCAGUUGAUGUGUCGACAGUCACCGGAGGCCACUGGCUGAUGAAUGGCCUGACGUCCUUCCGGAGUCACCGACGGACCGCUUCGACUGGCGAACGACUCAAAGAGUCCUCGCUUUGCCUGAAAGAGACACAUAUAGAAUCUCCGCUAGACUCAUAUACUGAGUCCUCUUUGUCACUAAAAGUCUCCCAAAGAAGCUCGCUAAAAGACUCAUCUCCUUUACAUAUAGACUCCUCCUGUUCUACUAUAGUCUCCUCCUGUCCCAAUAUAAAGCCCUCCCAAUCUGUUAGAAACUCCCCCCAUUCCAACAGGCUCUCGACCUAUGACAACGUUAAUGUCACUCCCUGCAGUCUGAGCUUGCCCAUUGGCAGCCCCUCCCCCUGGACCUCUUGUGAGAUCCCAUUGGCUGAAUCUACAGGAAGUGAGCACGGAACACUGAUUUCUGGUUUAGGGUCAGGGCAGUCUGUGGCAGGGCCCUCGACACCUGGGGACAGUAGCUCUCCUCUAGAGCUGUGUGUGAGCAGCGCUGACUGGAAUGAGGGUGACCCUGGAGAUGACAUCACAGGUCAGAGGUCAGGGGUCAAUGAGGGUCUGUUCAGCCUGGUGACGGAGUUGAAGGAGGAGCUGAGGAGACAGAGGAUCAGCUAUGAGACACGCAUACACAAGUUAGAGGAUUCGUGUUCAGGUCUUCGUCUCCAGUCUGGUCGUUUAGAAGAGGAUCUAGGCCAGGAGAAGAAGAGAUUAUUCAUGUUGGAGAUCCAACUGGGGAACUCGGAACGCGCAAGGCAAGAUGCUGAGACUCGGAAUGUUCUCCUGCAGAAAGAGAUGGAAGAGUUAUUUGCUACACUGGGGAACCUGACCACUGGCACAGAUACCAGCUAGACCUGAGCAGACAGCAUUAGCCCACCGAGCAAAAGCCUACAAACUGGGCACAAACUGAAUGAAUCAACAUAAUAUGUCAACGUAUAGCAACAUGGAAUUUAUGUGGAAAAUGCAUUUGAUUUGAAAAAAGUCAUGAACGUAAAAUGUUGUUUUGAGGGUGAUAUUUCAAAGACGGGAUUAUGUCAUCAUGGUAACCAAAUUUCAACAUAGACAAACCUUGUAUCAAAUAUGUUGAACUUGUACCUUUAAGAAAACAUCAGAUCUUCAACCUUAUAUCCACGAUUUAAAAAAAUAACUAUAGGCUGGGCAGCACCUCCUACUGGAUAAUGUAUCUAUAGCUACCCUUUGGUCUCCCAUCCAGGGUUUUAACCAAGCCUAGCCCUGCGUAACUAUGAUAUUUGUCACUGACUAUCACCAAUGUUCUAUUGCGAGAAUGAUUGUUAAGAGAUCUCCACUUAUUCCACAAACUGGAAUUAAAGCCAGACUAAAUCAGUGGCACAGAUGGAACUAUCCAAGCAGAAGACACAUCUCUUUCAAAUGUUGAUAUUUGGAUGUGUUGACAACCAAACACAAUUCAAUGUCACUUUUGAAAUACUAUAAAUAACCUAUAAACUUGUCGACAAAUUGUAUGUUGGAUUCACUUCUCUAACUCAACCAAAAAUACUUUUCCCACAUUUUGUUACGUUUACAGCCCUGUUUUUUUCCCUCAUCAGUCUACACACAAUAUCCCAUAAUGACAAUGAAAAAAAAAUGUUUUUGUGCAAAUUUACAUAAGUAUUCAGACCCUUUACUCAGUACUUUGUUGAAGCACCUUUUGCAGCAAUUCCUACAUCAAUUAUUCUUGGGUAUGACACUACAAACUUGGCACACAUGUAUUUGGGGAGAUUCUCGCAUUCUUCUCUGCAGAUCCUCUCAAGCCCUGUCAGGCUGGAUGGGGAGAGUCACUGCACAGCUAUUUUCAGGCCUCUCCAGAGAUCUGGUUCAAGUCCGGGCUCUGGCUGGGCCACUCAGGGACAUUCAGAGACUUGUCCUGAAGACCCUCCUGUAUUGUCUUGAAUGUGUGCUUAGGCUCUGAGGUCCUGAGCUCUCUGGAGCAGGUUUUCAUCAAGGAUCUCUCUGUAAUUUGCUCUGUUCAUCUUUGCCUCGAUCCUGACUAGUCUCCCAGACACUGCCGCUGAAAAACAUACCCACAGCAUGAUGCUGCCACCCCCACUAUGGAUGGUGCCAGGUUUCCUCCAGAUGUGACGCUUGGUAUUCAGGCCAAAGAGUUCAAUCUUGGUUUCAUCAGACCAGAGAAUCUUGUUUAUCUUGGUCUGGCCGUCUUUAGGUGUCUUUUGGCAAACUCCAAGCGGGCUGUCAUGUGCCUUUUAAUGAGGAGUGGCUACCAUCUGGCCACUCUACCAUAAAGGCCUGAUUGGUAGAGUGCUGUAGAGAUGGUUGUCCUUAUGGAAGAUUCUCCCAUCUCCACAGAAAAACUCUAGAGCUCUGUCAGAGUGACCAUCGCGUUCUUGGUCACCUCCCUGACCAAGGCCCUUCUCCCCCGAUUGCUCAGUUUGGCCGGGCGGCCAGCUCUAGGAAGAGUCUUGGUGGUUCCAAACUUCUUCCAUUUAAGGAUGAUGGAGGCCACUGUGUUCUUGGGUACCUUCAAUGCUGCAGACAUUUUUUGGUACACUUCCCCAGAUCUGUGCCUCGACACAAUCCUGUCUCUGAGCUCUACAGGCAAUUCCUUCAACCUCAUGGCUUGGUUUUUGCUCUUGUAACGGAUGUGAAACAGCUAGCUUAGUUAGCGGUGGUGUGCGCUAAAUAGCGUUUCAAUCAGUGACGUCACUUGCUCUGAGACCUUGAAGUAGUAGUUCCCCAUGCUCUGCAAGGGCCGCGGUUUUUAUGGAGCGAUGGGUAACGAUGGUUCGUGAGUGACUGUGGUUGAUGUGUGCAGAGGGUCCCUGGUUCGCGCCCGGGUAUGGGCGAGGGGACGAUCUAAAGUUAUACUGUUACACUCUGACAUGCACUGUCAACUGUGGAACUGUAUAUAGACAGGUGUGUGCCUUUCCAAAUCAUGUCCAAUCAGUUGAAUUUACCACAGGUGGACUCCAAUCAAGUUGUAGAAACAUCUCAAGGAUGAUCAAUAGAAACAGGAUGCACCUGAGCUCAAUUUCGAGUCUCAUAGCAAAGGGUCUGACUACUUAUGUAAAUAAGGUAUUUCUGCUUUUUAUAUUUUAUAAAUGUGCAAAAAUGUUGUUUUUUUAACUGUUUUCGCUUUGUCAUUAUGGGUUAUUGUGUGUAGAUUGCUGAGGAUUAUUUUUUUUGCAUUUAGAAUAAAGCUGAAACUUAACACAAUGUGGAAAAAGUCAAGAGGUCUGAAUACUUUGCGAAUGCACUGUAUGUAGAGAACGGUUCAGAAAAUGAGGGAUCAUUUAAUGAAAGCCAUGUAAAUACACACAUCUCUCAUUUUCAGCAUCUAUUGGUAUAUUUAAAAUGCUCUGAUCUUGUAUUAUUUAGGGUUAGAAAAAACAACUGGUUUGUAGAGCCUUUGCGCGCAAAAUAAUGAUGAAUAAAACAAUAGAACAUUUUCCCACGUGAAAACCUCUCACAUGUAAACAUUUUAAUUGGUUGAUUCAUGUGAAAACUGUUACAUGUGAUUGUUUUUCACGCGAACUUGCAAUUCCACAUGUGAAAGUGAGAAUUUAAUGUGAUAUAUUUGAAACUGCAUAUUCAAAUUAUUUUUUUUACAUGUGAUUGUUUGCAAUUUGCAAUUCCACAUGUGAAAGUGAAUCUAAAUUGCAUUCUCAUGUCAGAAAACUCCACAUUUACUCCAAUGUUUGUAAACGAAGUAAAUGUAAUCAAACCAUAUAUAACCUAAAAACAUGCUUUAAUUAAACUAUAAUAUUGAAAUCAUAGAUGGUCAGUUCUUGCAGCCAUAGCGUAGUCUAUGGAUUUGAGAGCAGUUGCAUUUCUCCAGCCCCAGACCUUACAUUUUUUUUGCGAAACUGUGGUAGGGAUCAUACUUAUUUCAUGUUUAAAUGAAGGAUUGCAACUUUAAACACCUUUAAUAGAGUAGUAGUGUCAUUAUAUGGUGCAAUCCUCUAGUGAGUGAGUUACUUUUGUGCCAUUAGUAGCAAGAAAAACUGAAGUCGAGAAGAAAAUUGUUAUUGUUGCAAACAAAAAUAAUGAUUGAAAGCAAAACAAAAUAUUGCAAGGAAAACAUUUUUCAUGCGAGAGCAAUAAAUUGUAAAUGGAUGCAAAAAAGUAUUUUCAGUUAAACAUUUUUUUGGUAACGCAAUUAAAAUAAAACAUAACCAUCUUU